UGUGUGUCUUGUCAAGCGAUUGUUAAUAUUCGUCUCUGGGUUAUUCGCAUAGACAGUCGGAUUGUCAACCUUUUUCGUUUUGGAUGUCGGAAAGUUAAUACGACCAGGAGGAUACGCAUGAAGGGGGAGAUAAUGAACGUGGAGACGCUGAGUAGACCAGAGUUGCUGACCCUCCUCAGUGUCUUGGAGGGAGAGCUGGAAGCUCAGGAUGUGGUCAUCCACGCCCUCAGGGCGCAACACAGGGACUCGUUCGUGCAGGAGCGCUACGGCCAGUACGACUUGAGUGACCCGUUCCGGGCCCUGCAGCGCGACAGCGAGACCAUGGAGAGCUGGACGGACGGCGAGCAGGCGCCGGGCGGCGGGGAGACGGCGGGCCGGGCGGGGCGGGGCAGCGCGGUGGGGCCCAACCCUCUGGCCGUGCUCAAGCUGGUCAUGGCCCACUGCAAGAGGAUGCAGGAGAGGAUGAUGGGACAGCUGGCUGCCGCAGAGAGCAGACACAGGAGGGUGAUUGCAGAUCUGGAAGAGGAGAGGCGUGGGCAUGCGCGCGAUGCGGCGCAGGGUGAUGAUGUCACCUUCAUGCUGGAGAAGGAACGGGAGAAACUACUGCAGCAGCUGGAGCUGGAGCGAGCGGCGGUGCGGAGGCUGGAGAAGGAGCAGCGGAGGGCGGCGGGCCAGGCGGAGGAGUCUCUGUCCCACCAGCGCCAGCUGUCCUCGGCCCUGACCCAGGAGCUGCAGCGGGCCAGCAGCCAGGCCCUGGAGGAGGCAGAACGCGUGGCUCAGCUCCGCCAGAGGCUCCAGGAAGAGAGCGGCGCUGCCGAGGCCCUGAGGGGGGCGCUGGAGGGCGAGAGGGGCCGGGCGGCGCAGCUGGAGGCCCGGGCAGAGAGGCAGCUGGCCGAGCUGGACACGGAGCGGGAGCAGAUGAGGGCGAGGAUCAGGAGGGAGGAGGAGAGGAGCUGGGAGCUGGAGAGAGAGGUGGAGGAGCUGAGGAGAAGGCUGGGGGAGGGAGGUGGGGAGCGAGGGAAGGAGGAGGAGGAGGUGAAAAAGGUGAAAGGCUCUCCUCCUUCGAAGACGGUAGUGGCGCCUGCGUCGUUAACCUCGGGUCAGAUGGAGCCUGAUGGGAAGGGGAUUGUCACUCCCAAGACACCCGCGGUGUCAAAGGUCAACGGCCACCACCCCCCCAGAGAGGCAGAGCCCCCCCAGGAGAGCAGUGGUGCAGAAAAUGGGGUGGAUAAUGUGGGCGGGGCCGGCCCACACUCCCCUCUACACACCCACCCCCAGUCCCAGUCCCAUGCCCAGCCACCCCCCCACCCCAACCUGUCCCCCUCCAGCACCGCCUCUUCCUCCCUCUCCUCCUCCCCCGUCUCCUCCCCCGUGCUAGCCAAGCGCCUGGGCAGCCCAGGGUUCCACCAGUCGUCCUACCAAGCCGGGGUCAACCAGCGCUUCCACGCCGCCCGCCACAAGUUCCAGAGCCAGGCCGAGCUGGAGACGCAGCCCCUCUCCCCCCGGGACCUUUCCCCCACCACCACACCCGUGCCCCCUCCCCCCGAAAACACUGCAGCCAAGCAGCUGGCCCGCAACACCGUCACCCAGGUGCUCUCGCGCUUCACCAGCCAGCAGGCCGGCGCCAAGCUCCCCCCACUCAACAGCUCCCCGUUUGGGACCGACUACCGCAGCCUGGCGGCGUCCCCUCCGGGCUCUGGUGGGAAGUCCUCCCCUGGCCCCCUCUCCCCGGGCAUCCGCUCCCCCCUCACCCCUCGCAGCCACCCUCCCCCUAUCCCUCCCAAGAAGCCUGGUAUGAGUCCCUCCCCAGGUUCCCCGGGCCCCCCAGCGAGGGCCAGUCUCUUCCCAGAGCUGACAGGGGGUUGUGGACUUACUAGCAACGGGCAGGAGGGAGCCAAGGAGCAGGACAUAGUUCUCUCCUCCAGCAGCUAAUGGCUGGUAGAAGGUAGUUGUCUGGUUCUAAAAUGUUUUUAGCCGCCCUCGUAAUUACAGGUGGUAAUUACAGUCCUCCUUAUUUUAAAAGCACGAACCACCAGAACUACCUUGCAUAUUGUUCAAAAGUUUUAAAAAAAAAGUUCCUUACCCCCGUUACUACUUACAAACAAUCGGAAACAAUGUAGUUAAAAUUAGAAGAAUAUAUAGAAUAUCCUGGUUUCACUUUUUGGUUCAGGAUCUUGAUGGCAGUCAUUAGUUUUUUUAUAUAUAUAUAAUUUUUUUAAAGAGAUUUGAAUAUUUAGUUUUUUUUUUUUUCAUAGCUUUCUAUAAAAGCCACCAUAUUUAUCUUAGUUAAGAUGUUUUCACACGUCAGAGCUCAGUGCAUCUUACAGAUGUCUUAACUAAAAAAGAAAAAAAAAACACAGAAAUCAAGAGGGUGCUCAGAUGACAACCCCUAGAACAGUCGUUAUCAUUCGUUAAUGUAACACGUUAUCUUCAUAAAGUCAAGGAGAAAGAUCCUCAAGGCAGUCUA